AUGGCAUCAUCUAGGACCAUAAAGGCAUGUCUUUUUGACAUGGAUGGUCUGCUCAUCAACAGUGAGGAUAUCUACACCAUAUCCCUUACAAAAGUACUGGAAACUUAUGGCAAACCCCCUCUUACUUGGGAUCUUAAGAUCAAGCUUCAAGGAAGACCAGGUCCCUCUGCUUCCAAGCUGGUAAUCGAACAUUAUGAUCUGCCUCUGACUCCGGAGGAAUUGUUUGCAAAAACCACUGCUGUACAGAUGGACCUUUGGCCCACUGUCAAAUUUCUACCUGGUGCUUUGGAGUUAUUGCAGUAUCUUGACACGAAGAAAAUACCUUUUGCUUUAGCAACUUCAUCGCAUAAACUGAACUACGAUAGGAAAACUGGGCAUUUACAACACGGAUUUGAUCUGUUUCGACAUCAUAUUGUCACAGGGGAUGAUUCUAGAAUCCCUCCUGGUAAAGGCAAACCUUUUCCUGAUAUCUGGUUUGCAGCAUUAGAAAGCUUGAAUAAAGAACGAAAACAGCAUGGCCAAGAUACAAUAGAUAUUACAGAGUGUUUAGUCUUUGAGGACGGUGUUCCGGGUGUCGAAGCAGGGAAGGCUUCUGGUGCAUACGUGAUCUGGGUUCCAGAUGAAAGGGCACUAAAAGUUCUUGCGGGCAAAGAGAAAGAAAUAAUAGGAGAAAAUAACGAACAUGGAAUAAUCCUGAAGUCUUUAGAAGCUUUCGACAAGACCAUGCUUGGUUCCUAG